AACUACUGUGGUAUCCUCCGAAGACGACGAACCCCACGUAAAAAGAAACGUUACAUUCAUUUCGCUUUUUCCUCAUCUGGUUAAGUUCGCUCCCUCCAAAUGUCACUCGUAGACGUCUAACGCCUGGAACCGGUUGUUUGUGCAUUGCUUCUACCAAAAACUUGAAGGAGAUAAAUAGUUUCACUGGUUUUAUAACCGAACAUUUUCCUCUAGUGGGAAUUUGUUACAAACACUCCAUAUGUCGAAUAUCCUUUAAGAGUUUAACCGGCUUCCAAGACGCGAGGAUGAAUUCCAUACGACGGGUGCCUUCAAGGGUGAAAACCAAAAUGACCGAAACCAAUUUAGGUGCGGAAAGGGAUCAUUUUGACAAGAAGCAGCUCAGCAGCAUCAGCAAAGCCAUCAACUCCAAUGAGGCGCCUGUGAAAGAGAAACAUGCACGCCGGAUAAUUCUGGGGACCUACAGGGAGAAGGGGGCCUUUACCUUCUGGUCCUACGCCUUGGGCAUCCCCUUGUCCAGCAACGCCAUCGUCAGCUGGAAGUUCUGCCACGUGCUUCACAAAGUGCUGCGCGAUGGCCACCAUAAUAGCCUUCAGGACUGCAUGAGACAUCACGGUAACAUAGUUGAGAUGGGGCAACUAUGGGGCAACCUUCAUGACAGAUAUGGACAGCUGGUGGCUCUGUACUGUAAGCUCCUUUGCACAAAGAUGGAGUUUCACAUGAAGCAUUCUGAAAUCCGACCCAACCUAGAGGUGACAGAUGAGGUUCUAGAGCGUGUUGCAGGAACCGACGUCAAUAAUGUGUUCCAGCUCACAGUGAAAGUGUUUGAUUACCUGGAUGCAGAGUUGAGGCUAGCCGAGACAGUGAUCCGGCAGCUCAACACGUCCAUUGCCAUCUCUACGACGACGUCAGGCCAGUGUCGCCUGUCCCCCCUCAUCCAGGUCAUCCAGGACUGCAGUCACCUCUACCACUUCACCGUCAAGCUGCUUUUCAAACUGCAUGCCUGUCUCCCAGCAGACACCCUGCAAGGACACCGUGAUCGUUUUCAUGACCAGUUCCACAGCCUCAAGACCUUCUUCAACAAAGCCAGAGACAUGCAAUACUUCAAGAGACUCAUCCAGAUCCCCAAGCUGCCAGAGUCUCCUCCUAACUUCCUGCAUGCGGCUUCUCUGGCCAAGCAUGCAAGGCCAGUGGUGGUCAUCCCAAGUGAGGAUGAGCCCGAGCAGCAGGAGGAUGAUGAUGACGAUGAUGACCCUGAACCGCUUAUCAACGUCAGCGACGUCACCAUGCCCAGCAUGAUGGUGCCACAGUUUGACAAAUUUGAUCAGACAUUCAGACCUUCCAAUGACAGGGAUAUGCAGAUUGAGAACCUCCAGCAGGACUUGGAGAAGUUAAGGGCAGAUCUGGAAAGGGUCAAAGGAGAGGCCCAGCGCUACAUCACACAGCUCAAGUCCCAGAUUAACAGCCUUGAGACAGAGCUGGAAGAGCAGCGGGUGCAGAAACAGCGUGCCCUGGUGGAGAAUGAACAGCUGCGCAUGGAGCUGGAGGCCACUCGGCGCCGCAACGCUGAACACGAGAUCGUGCAGGCCACCUUCGGAGAGGCCGAGACGAGAGCCCAGGCCACAGAGCAGCGCUACACCAAGCUAAAGGAGAAGCACACGGAGCUGGUGUCCAGCCAUGCUGAACUGCUCAGGAAGAGUGCAGACACCGUGAAGAUUCUGUCGGCAACACAUCAGACCCAGGAGGAGGUGGAGAGGACCAAGCAGCAGCUGGCUUUCGAGGUGGAUCGCAUCAAACUGGACGCUGACAUGAAGCUUGAGGAGCAGAAGUUUGAGAUGAAGAAGCUUAAAAGGGAUUUUGAGGAAAAGCGGGCUGAGGUGGAACAUGUCAAAGGCACUCUGCAGCGCACUGAGAAGGUGGGGGAACAGCUGACCAGCUCUAUGUUGGAGCUGCAGGCGGAGAAAGAGAGCCUGAUGCGCUCUGUGAGUGAAAAAGAGGCCGAGCUGUCGUCCCUGAGCCAGGCUGCACAGCUGCAGCAGUCUUCUCUGCAGCAAGAGAGAGAUCGGAGCACCAGGGAGCUGGGAGAGCUGCAGGGCAAGCUGCAGGAGAAGUCAAGACGUGAGGUGCAGUUGCAGCAGAAGCUGCUGGAGGAGCAGUUCUCCCUGCUGCAGGGAACGGUCUCUGAGGCUGAGUACAUCAUUCAGGACGCUGUGGCCAAGCUGGACGACCCCCUGCAUAUCCGCUGCACCAGCUCCCCAGAUUACCUGGUCAGUCGCGCAGAGGCCACUUUGGGCUCCAUUGACAAAGUGAAAAAAGGUCACUCCGACUACCUGAUGAACAUGGGAGAUGCUGGUGGGCUACUGAGGGCCCUGACCAACUUCUCCCACCUGGCUGCUGACACCAUCAUCAACGGCAGUGCCACAGCACACUUGGCUCCCACUGACCACGCCGACCGUCUGACAGAGAAUUGCAGGGGCUGUGCCACUCAGAGUCUGCAGUUCCUGAAGGAUCUCAAGUCCAAGGCCUCCCUUCAGGCAGACCCGGCCUCCAUUCGCAUAGUGGUUGAAAAGAUCCUGAAGCUGGGGGAGGAGCUGCGACCUAAAGGCAUGGAUGUGCGACAGGAUGAGCUGGGAGAUCUGGUGGACAAGGAGAUGGCAGCCACAUCAGCAGCCAUUGAGAAGGCAGUGAGCAGAAUCGAUGAAAUGAUGAACCAGGCCCGAAUGGACACCUCAGGGGUCAAACUUGAGGUCAAUGAGAGAAUCCUCUACAGCUGCACAGAUCUGAUGAAGGCCAUCCACCUGUUGGUCCUGACAUCCACCGACCUACAGAAGGAGAUUGUUGAGGGCGGAAGGGGUGCAGCCACUAUUAAGGAAUUCUACGCCAGGAACUCCCGUUGGACUGAGGGACUCAUCUCUGCCUCCAAAGCUGUGGGAUGGGGAGCCACGCAGAUGGUUGAGUCUGCUGAUAAGGUGGUGCUGCACACUGGCAAAUAUGAGGAGCUCAUUGUCUGCUCCCACGAGAUCGCUGCCAGCACGGCACAGUUGGUCGCAUCCUCCAAGGUAAAAGCAGACCGCAACAGUACAAAACUGACAGCUCUCCAGCAGGCUUCUCGCCAUGUGAACGAGAUGGCAGCCAACGUGGUGGCCUCCACCAAGACAGGCCAGGAGCACCUGGAGGACAAGGAUACCAUGGACUUCUCUGGAAUGUCUCUCAUCAAGCUAAAAAUGGAGGAAAUGGAGUCACAGGUGAAGGUGUUGGAGUUGGAGAAUCAGCUGGGUAAUGAGCGUCUGCGCCUGGGAGAGCUCAGGAAGAAGCACUAUAAUAUUGCAGGUGUUCCGGCAGCAGACCUCCCGGAGGGCAACGGACUGGACCCCUCGCUUGCCCCUGUUGCACCCUCCUCACCCAAAUCCUCCAAGCCUAGUGUCAUGAGGAAACCCAACUUACCGCCUAAAAAUAUGUUUAGGUAGACAGCUAUACAAGCUAGAGAAGGACAUCGUCAUAGUGGAUGGUUGGGUUGAUCUGAGAGACAGCCAUCUUAUGACUUGGACACAGGGUCCUUUUGAGCUGCUUCCAACCGGACAAUCCUGUCCCAAACUCUCUGCCUAUUUCUUUUGCC